AUGUUUGUUUGUUCUUUUGGGUGAUUUUUUUUCUGAACGCGGAUAGCUUUCAGUGUAAAGUUGCAAUUGAAAUGUUUUUGUUCGAUGACUAUGAGUCCAUACAUCAAUUAUGAACUAUCACCGCAAUAAUCGAACUAGAAAUUUCCACAUUGACGUUCACAAAGGUAGAAUGUUUGCGCUACAGUUAGUCGGCUUGUGUCAUUACCAAAGUGAACCCCUCAAGUCUGGGAUGGCCAAGAGUUUCCGCUGCCCCUAUGAGCUGAUAGGUCAGUUCGUCCGACUGUGGAUUGACUAUGGCAACGUCGCCCUAAGCGUGUGUGAAGUCGAGGUGUAUGGUGCAAGAUCCGGGUGACGGCCUAUGGGCGUUAAACAUGCCGGCCUCGCAAUCAACAAGGUUCGCAACAUUCUCAAACGCCUCUAACUCCGUGGACGGUAACUACAGCAACUACCUCGGUACUGGCUCGUGCUCACGCACCGACUACGGCGACAUGAAGCCGUGGUGGCAAGUGGAUCUCUUGCAGAUGUUGAUCAUCACCAGCGUCAAAUUGUACAAUCGUGGAGAUUGGGGUGAGUAUCGACUCCACGACUUCCGGAUUGACGUGUUGGCACACGCAAACGACACAGACCCCCAGAAAUGCAACGAGCAGACAGGGUUUCCAAUGGGGCACUCUUUCAAGUAUAAAUGUCUUCAGCACCUUCUAGGACGCAUCGUUCGCGUCAGAAAAACUAUCGUUUACGGAAUCCUAGACGCGCUGGCGUUGUGUGAAGUCGAGGUGUACGGCUGGAAAUUGGGUACCUUAUACUAGAAUCAGACUAUCAACUGACACGAUGAAGUUCGCCAACUCAACGGUUGCGUUGUAAUAGUUUCCCCAACGGCCAUCUUACGACGGGAGGGCUCAGAUUAACGACUAACCGGUCGUAUAAGUCGUAUAUAUACGAUGAAAUUCGAGUUGUAAGAGCGCUAAGACUAGUAACUGGAUAGAUGUAGAGGUCGUAAGACCAGAAAGUUUGACAACUUGGUCGUGACCUUUUGGUAGUCAGAACCUAGCAUGACAUAUGCUGACCAUAUCCUGGGAAUAUCCUGGAAAUAGUUUACAGAAAUGACGGAGACACUUUUGUCUUUUUAAAAAACAUUAAUAUGCAUAUUUGCAAUUGUAAAUGUAACUAAUUAUUUCACAGGAUCGUAAAACGUGUCAUUGUAGUAAAUAUUUUCGUUUGGUA